AUGACUCAAGGACAGCUUCUUGCUACGGUUGGGAACAAAAAUGGUGGCGAAGCAGCCCGCAAGCCCUCGAGAGUCACGGUGCGUCACUUUGAUAACUCGGCGCUCAUCCAGAACUAUGACAAAACUCUGAUCAGCAAGUGCUUGAACCCUGAGGAGCAAGACGUUAAGGCUUUAAUCAUCAUGUUACCAAAAAUCUGGAAGGUGGAAUAUAGAGUUGCUGGAGCUGAUCUUGGUUUUGGAAGGUUUCAGUUCGAUUUCCACAACGAAAAGGAUAUCGAGGAGGUCCUAAAGAUGCAGCCGUACCACUUUGAUUAUUGGAUGAUCUCUCUCGUGAGGUGGAAGCCAGUGAUGGAAAUGAGUUACCCCACGGAGAUUACUUUUUGGGUUCGUGUCUUGGGAGUUCCACUCCAAUAUUGGACAGAGCCAACUUUUGAGAGUAUUGGAGGAGCUAUAGGCAAUGUUGUCGAAGUGGACCUUGACUACGGGAGAGUUAAAGUGGUCAUCGAUGGAACACAGUGUCUCUGUUUCGAGACAUCAGUUGACUUUCGCGGGGGAGAAUUCUAUGGAGGAGGGGAAGAGCUGAUCGCUUUGAGAUACGAGAAGCUCUUUGGCUAUUGUUCUACGUGCUUCAGUCUCUGUCAUGGCAUGAAGAAGUGCUCACUGAACAAGGAGAGUCCGCGGAAGGAGAUAUAG